AUGGGAUACACACUGUGUGUGAUAGGAUGCGGCACGAUGGGGAUUGCCAUCAUCUCUGGUGUGAUUGCCAGCCUCCAGUCCAGGGAUGCACCAUAUCCCGUCCCCAAGUGGGAGUCACAUACGCCGGGGACAUCGACACCCACUGCGGACACACCUGAUCCAUCUCUGCCCUCGCUGUUCAUUGCGACUGUCACGCGCCCGGAUAGCGCGAAGAAACUUCAGGAAACUUUCCGCGGUCUGGGUGGACUCGGACUUUCCGUUCAGAUUGUCAUCGGACAGAACGCCGAUGUUGUUAUCCUAUGGAAGCACUCGCUUGGAAAAUUGCUCAUCAGCAUUCUGGCAGGUGUCACCAUUGCACAGUUGAGGGAUCUGGUCCCUCUGACUACCAAGGUCGUCCGCGCGAUGCCCAAUACGCCAUGUAGGGUAGGCUCUGAAAAGCCCAUUCGCGAGGGUAUGACCGUCGUUUCGAACCUCCCGCCAUCCGACACCGAAGACGCCGAGGUGGAUCGUUCGAUCAUCCUGAAAAUUUUCUCUUCCAUUGGGCGCUGUCGCUUCCUUGACGAAAAACAUUUCGAUGCUUGCACUGCACUUUCCGGGUCUGGCCCUGCGUUUGCAUGUAUCUUCUUGGAGGCAAUGGCAGAUGGUGGCGUCAUGAUGGGUUUACCGAGGGCUGAAGCACUUGAAUUAGCAGCACAGACUCUACAGGGGGCGGCACGCAUGGCCCUCCAAGCCGGAGCGCAUCCAGCCCAGAUCAAGGACUCCGUGACAACUCCUGGAGGUUGUACUAUUGCCGGGCUUCUGGCCAUGGAAGAUGGUAAAGUUCGAUCAACAAUCGCUCGUGCCAUCCAAAUUGCAACUGAACGGGCUAGUGAACUUGGUCAGCCAAAUAGAAAGUAG